AUGUCACCAAUCGCCGUUCCCGCAGAGCGAAACUACAGCAUCGCAACGAUUCCCGCAGAUGGGAUCGGACCAGAAGUGAUCGAAGCUGGCGUCGAAGUAUUGAAGACACUCAGCGCAGCAUCCGGCGAUUUCAGACUAGAAUUCGAAGACUACGACUGGAGCUCAGAAACAUACAAGAAAACGGGCAAGUACAUCCCAGACGGGGGGCUGGAAGACCUGAAGAAGCACGACGCUAUCCUCUUCGGCGCCGUGGGUGCUCCCGACGUCCCCGACCACAUCUCGCUGUGGGGCCUCCGCCUAGCGAUCUGCCAACCACUACAACAAUACGCCAACGUGCGGCCAACGAAGAUCUUCCGGGGCACGCAAUCACCGCUACGCAACGCAACACCUGGCUCCCUCGAUUGGGUUAUCAUCCGCGAGAACAGCGAAGGCGAGUAUGCCGGGCACGGCGGACGAUCGCACCGAGGCCAUGCCUGGGAGACAGCGACGGAAGUGUCCAUCUUCACGCGGCACGCCGUCGAGCGCAUCAUCCGCUUCGCGUUCGAGGUCGCGCAGAAACGCCCGCGCAAGCAUCUCACAGUCGUGACGAAGAGUAAUGCCCAGCGGAACGGAAUGGUGCUCUGGGAUGAGAUCGCUGCUGAAGUCGCGAAGGAGUUCGCAGAUGUUACCGUGGAGAAGAUGCUCGUCGAUGCCAUGACGUGUCGCAUGGUGCUGAAGCCGGAGAGUUUGGAUACGAUUGUUGCCACGAACCUGCACGCCGACAUCCUCUCCGACCUGGCCGCCGCGCUGGCAGGCAGCAUCGGGAUCGCACCGACGUCCAAUCUGGACCCCACACGCCAGAAUCCCAGCAUGUUCGAGCCCAUCCACGGCUCCGCAUUCGACAUCACGGGGCAGGGCGUCGCCAACCCGGUCGCGACAUUCUGGACCGCGGCCGAGAUGCUCGCGUGGCUGGGCGAAGACGCCGCCGCACAGCGCCUGCUCGAAUGCGUCGAGCGCGUCUGUGAGAGCGGGGUGGUCACGAAGGAUCUCGGUGGCAAUGCAAAGACCGCGGAUGUUACGCGCGCGGUUUGUGACGAGAUCACAAGGAGUUUCGAGGCGGCGAAGGCCAAGUAG